UAGAAUAUGUGGUGGUUGUCGACACGGAAAUUUUGAUAUACCGGCAUUGCUAUAAAAACAUACCUAGAUAUAAUACUGUUAGCUGACCAUGACGCGCGACGAUGGAUCGCGAUACAGCCGAUUUAUUACCCAGUUUCCGCGCUCAAGUCCGCAAGACAUUUACUUAUUCAAGUCACGACCGUCCCCGAGAGAAUGGAGGUAUCAGCGAUGAACGUACUCCUUUAAUAGGAAAUGGAAAUGGGUCUGCUACACAGAAUGGGCGUAACGAGAUUUGGAAAUUCUUUUUCGAUUCGCAUGAUACACCGGGUCUCGGCAACUCGAAGCCAUGGGUGAAAUAUCCGGCGCACGUAUGGCACGUCACCAAGGCCACUUUAUUGAGCAUGGGAUAUCGAUUGAUAUAGGUCCUGUGAAUAUUCUUCUCGUCACUGUACCAAUUGGUAUUAUUGCUGGUCAAGCCGGUUGGGAUCCAGUGGCGGUUUUUGUGAUUAACUUUUUCGCCAUUAUCCCUCUCGCAGCCGUACUAU